GAACUUCCUCGUGUCAAGCUCGUGCUCAGCCCCUCCGCAGUGAGUAUUCACUGGCACUAUUGGCUGUGGAGGUUGGAACAUGCUCCCAUAUGCCCUCAAGAUAGUCUGGUUUUCACUAUCGCUGUCUGGAUUACUAUCAUGUUGGGCUGUACUGAGCGCAUUCGCUGUCGCCGUCCGCUCGCAUUGGCUCGCAUUACUAUAUUGCAUUGGGUGCACUAUAUUACAGGGAAUAUUUUGCUUAGGUUUAAUUUGGAGGAUGGAUCCCUCCCUCAUGCCUCGCUCUUUUUGCAUUGCUCAAACGCUCCUUAGCGGACUCGCUUCCUUCAUGUUAACCGGUGUCUCUGCGACAUUUUCGAUGAUAACCAGUCUGGCCGUCUUGAGACCAGGAGUUUGUGGUCUGGCUUCUUCAAAACCGUUCAUCUGGCAUCCAAUAUAUACCCUUACCCUCAUUGUAUUUCCAUUGUUAGCAUCUGUUGCCCAGAUAACGGCGGUCCUCAAGUUGGAUGCUGUACAGCCCGUUGACGAUUUUGCUUGUGACGCGACUGAUCCUGAAUGGGUGCGCUUCCUUUCGUAUGCUGGCGUCCCCCUCGUUUUUUCUAUACCAUUUUCCUGUCUUGGGCUCAUGGCACUUGUCCGAAUGUCUCGCAUCCAACAACGUACUGUUGGGCAUUACUGCGAUUCCCCCGACCACGGUGUCAAUUCAUUGAAUCUCACUUCACUGCCACACAAACGAACUCGUCGCAAGGACAUGAGGCAAUUUCUUGGCCCUUCGAAAUCACCAACGCCAAUACCUACUCCUCGCGCAAUAUCUUCGCCGUCACCGUCCGACGCCUACGCUGCCUCUCCUGGACGAGCACCUAUAAAUCCUGGAUUAUCCAGUCCAGUACUUUCCGCCCGCCAAUUCCAUUUACCAUUCUCUCCUUCACCGGUCAACGAUGAUCAUGAUCCGCUAGGGUCCUGUCAUUCAUCAACCCUCGAAAACCAGGACGACACUGGAUCUUCUGUGUCUUCUGCCUUCCCGACGUUUGCCCCUCCCAGUAAUUCCGGGACACCCAAUCCACGAGAGUCUCCUGGACAUGACUUUGUCGGUUAUCUGGCUGGAUUUAAUCCAGAAUAUCAUUUCCAAAGCUCUCACCCUGCUCAGGCACAAGCGCGAUACUCACCUACUACGGGAUGGAAUUGGAAUGACCAUGACGACGAUGUUAGUUCGAUAGAUUGGACACAAUGCGAUACUCGGAACGAAACUAAUUUGAAUUACGUCGAUGCUGAACUGGACUAUGUGAGGUCGCAUGGGAAGAAUCAGUAUGAAUUUAGGAAGGAGGCAGGGGAUCUAGAAGUUGCUGAUGAACGCAGGACCGGGGCGAAAAAUAGUCCCAGUAUCUAUACCCCCCAACACCUGCAAGAAGAUCCUUCGACAAUGUUUAGCGGUAGAAGACCCAUCUUCACAAUCUCUCCACUAGCCCGGAAUUCAGCACUCGAGGAUGCAAGUAAGAUUCGACCCGCGCUGUGGCGUAUUGUUAUAUUUCAACUCUCAUUUACUUUGACUUUGGUUCUUGCUUGUAUCUCUACUUUGGUUGACGUUACUUCACGACGCACACGACCUACACCCUUCGGGACGCAACAUGUGGCACUAUUACUCGCGGCUUGGGGCCCUGUUGUCAUUUUUGGAUUUAUACCCUCUACUCGGCGAAAUCUUUUUUGGAAACGACCAGUCUGGAAUUUAUGAUUCCCCUACGAUGAUGAGAUGGGCUGUGUUAUAAGUGCGAAGGCUAUUGCUAUGAUAUCCCUACCUCAUCGUUGUAUAGAUCUCUGAGCUUAUAUCCAGUUCCUAUCCAAUCCCAAAUUCCAUUGAAUAUUGAAACUUGAAGCUUGAAGCCUCUUUGGCUCGGCCGAUGAAUUACACCACGUGCUGCUCACGUUGGACGCCCCGAAAGUA